AUGCUGCUGUGGCUGAGCUGGGCAGGCGGCUGCUGCCUGCUGCUGCUGCUGCUCCCCGGCGGCGCGGCUGAGCGGGCUGCCGGCUGCCCCGAGCGCUGCGACCGGGCGCGCUGCCCCGCCGCGCCCGCCGACUGCGCGGGCGGAGAGGCGCUGGACGCCUGCGGCUGCUGCCUGGUGUGCGCGGCCCAGGAGGGCGAGCCCUGCGGCGGGCCCGCCGGGGAGCCGCCCUGCGGAGAGGGGCUCCAGUGCCGGCUCCCGCCCGGCGGGGGGGUGGCGGCGACGGCCACGGUGAGGAGGCGAGCCAAAGCCGGGCUCUGCGUCUGCACCAGCAGCGAGCCCGUGUGCGGCAGCGACGCCAGGACCUACGGCAACCUGUGCCAGCUGCGGGCGGCCAGCCGGCGCUCCGAGCGCCUGCAGCAGCCGCCGGUCAUCGCCAUCCAGCGGGGCGCCUGCGGCCAGGGCCAGGAAGAUCCUAACAGCCUACGGCACAAAUACAACUUUAUUGCAGAUGUGGUGGAGAAGAUAGCCCCGGCUGUGGUUCAUAUUGAAUUGUUUCGCAAGCUUCCUUUUACAAAGAGGGAGGUUCCUGUUGCUAGUGGUUCAGGCUUCAUUGUCUCAGAAGAUGGACUAAUAGUAACAAAUGCCCAUGUAGUUACCAAUAAACAUAGGGUAAAAGUGGAGCUGAAGAAUGGUGCAACAUACGAAGCCAAAAUUAAAGAUGUUGAUGAAAAAGCAGAUAUUGCACUAAUUAAAAUAGACACUCAGGGUAAAUUGCCAGUUCUGCUGCUUGGUCGAUCUGCAGACUUGAGGCCUGGAGAAUUCGUGGUUGCAAUUGGAAGUCCAUUUUCACUCCAAAACACAGUGACUACGGGGAUUGUUAGUACUACCCAGCGUGGAGGAAAGGAAUUAGGGCUUCGGAACUCUGAUAUGGACUACAUUCAGACGGAUGCAAUUAUCAAUUAUGGAAACUCUGGAGGACCUUUAGUAAACCUGGAUGGUGAAGUGAUUGGAAUUAACACUUUAAAAGUUACAGCUGGAAUCUCAUUUGCAAUUCCAUCCGAUAAAAUUAAAAAGUUCUUAACUGAAUCACAUGACAGACAAGCUAAAGGAAAAGCAAUAACUAAAAAGAAAUACAUUGGCAUUCGAAUGAUGUCACUCUCUCCUAGCAAAGCUAAAGAGCUGAAGGAACACCAUAAAGACUUUCCUGAUGUUGUUUCUGGAGCCUACAUUAUUGAAGUAAUUCCAGAUACGCCAGCUGAAGCUGGUGGCCUGAAAGAAAACGAUGUGAUUAUAAGCAUCAAUGGACAGGGAAUAAUCUCAGCCAGUGAUGUCAGUGACAUUAUUAAAAAGGACAAUACUCUGAAUAUGGUUGUACGCAGGGGCAAUGAAGAUAUUAUGAUAACAGUGGUUCCUGAAGAAAUUGACCCUUAA